AUGCCUAACACCAAGACUGUACGAGUCCCACAUCUUGGUGGCGUUGAUGCUGCCUACCAGAUGCCCAAGCCGUAUGACGGGAGCAAGCCAACACUGGUACUCGUCAACAGCUUCACCACAUCAUCAGAACUGUACAGAAGCCAAUAUGCCAAUGCUGAGCUCAACAAUGCCAUGAAUCUCAUCGCCAUCGAAUUGCUUGGUCAUGGCCAAACGCGCACCAAGUCCGAAAACUUCACCUACUGGGACACUGCGAUCAUGAGUCUGCAGGUUCUCGAUGCUCUUAACAUCAAAGGCAAGGUUUUCGUCCUCGGUACAAGCCAGGGAGGAUGGAUUUGCGUACGAAUGGCGUUACUGGGGCCUGAAAAGAUUGCCGGUAUUAUCCCUCUAGGCACAUCGAUGGACUAUGAGAGUGAAAGGACAAGGCUGCUUGGCUGUUGGGAUCCCCUCGAUCCGCUCGCACAAAGCAUCAACGAAUGGACCACGAAUGAGGUCACCCAGGACUUCAAGCCCUCCGAGGAUUACUGCAACUUUUUGAUCGACAUCGGAUUUGGCAAGGGUAUAUCUGCCGACGAUCGGAAGUUCUGGAUUGACACAAUCCAGUCAAAUUAUGCCGGUGAUGACGGCCGACGCCGCGCUCGCAUGGCGGCCAUCAAUUUGAGAGAGCGUGAUGGUCUGCACAGCAGACUGUUCGACGUUCGUUGUCCUGUCUUGUGGAUGCACGGCACAUCCGAUGCUGUCUAUAGCGUUGCGAAUGCGCAGGAGGAGAUCAAGUUCUUUGUGAACAGCCCUGAUGCAAAGUUGCAAGUCGUGCAGGAUGGUCAGCAUUUCUUGAGCUUCAGCCAUCCGAAGGAAGUCGAUGGUGCCCUGUUGGACUUUGUUGGCAGGUAUAGCAAGUAA